GAUGGACUCGCCAGACUCACGGAGGGACAAAUUGCUUUUAAGGAAAACAAUCUCCAUGCUAAGAGGCGGCGGCGCGGGGUGACAGGGGCCGCUUGCGUAAUGGGGCGGGUCGGGCCACUUCAAGCACAGCCAUUGCCAAUCUUCAGGUCACAGGUCACCUUGAGUGCAGCAGAAUGCCCCAGUACAGAUCAAGAGGUCAGUCGAGGUCAUUCCUACAAGGUCAAGGUCGAAGAGGAGGUCAGUGGUUCCAAUCCCAGCCCAAGGUCAGGUCAGGGGUCGCCUGGGGUCACAGGAGGGCUGGGGUCACACGGGAUGUCUCCGGCCAGCAGGUCCUCCACUACAAGGCACUCAGGACCAAGAGAGAAUGGUACCUCUUCAAGAGAAAGAUGCAGUUUGAAAUUGAUAAACUGGAUGACCUCAUUCAAGACUUUGGUUCCCUCCUUGACAAGCCCUUCACCAAACCUGCCUCACCCCUUGGCUGCAGCCUGUACCUGCCAGGGCCUCACAAUGAAGGGCCUCAAAAGACCCUCAAGGAGCUGUCAGAGGAGAGUGGGCUGAGCCUGGAUAUGCUGGGCUGCAUGACCCAGGUGAUGAGCAGGCAGGAAGCAGCACGCACUUUUGAGGCCAUUGCCUUCAUGCCGCCAGUCACCUUCCUCCGGAUAAACACACUUAAGACCAGCCCCAAGAGAGUGUGGGAGGAGCUGGUGGAAGGCGAUGUGAAUGCCUGGCUCCCACGCUGGUCCAACAUCACCAUGCUGGCCGCGGGAGACCCCAAUGACCCGUGUCCCCUCAUCAGGAACUUGUUAGCCGAGGGACAGUGCUCCAUGCAGAGGGAGAGGCAGUGGCAGGAAAUAACUAUUCCCCUCAAGAAGAGUGAGGAGCAUCCUGAGCACCUCAGAAACAAGGGCACAGGCUUGAAUGCUCCACCCAACACACUGGAGAGGCUGUCCUUGUUCUACAGUGCACAUGGGAGCAUAAGUUCUCUGUUGCUGAUGGUGUUGGCAGCCAAGGACGGAGAGGAUGUGCUGGAGCUGUGUGCCACCAACUCAGGCAAGACACCACAUAUAGCGGCUAUGCAGAUGAACUCCGGAAGGAUUGUAGCAAACACUUUACAGGCACAAGAGGUGGAGGCAAUGAUGGAGUCCAACGAGCGUCAUGAUGUUAGAAACUGUGUCAUCACCAACAUUGAGCCGUCACUCCUGGCCAAGCAGCAAAGAAGCACCUUCCACAGGGUGCUGGUGGAUGCCCCGAGCUCAGGCGUAGGGAUAGUGCGCCUGGCUCCCGGAGCAAGGGUGUGUCAGACAGCCAAGGAACUCAACUACAUAUCAAUGCAGCAAAAACAGCUACUACUUAAUGGAGCAGACUGUGUCAAGAAAGACACACUCCAGAAUUCCUAUUUGGUUUACACAACAUGCUCAACCCUGGUUGAGGAGAAUGAAGCAGUAGUGCAACAUCUAUUGGAAAACAGACCACAGUUCAGACUGGUGCCCACUAGCCUAGACAUUGGCCAUCCUGGAGUCCUGCAUUAUAAAUCACAAAUCUUUCACGAGGACAUGGGAUACACUCAAAGAAUAUACUGCCACCAGUACCACAUGGAUGGGGCCUUCAUAGCAAAAUUAGCGCAUGAAAGUAAUGUGAAUGUCUUUGAGACUUCUGCAACACAGAAGCUGAUCCAGAAACAAGCAGAGCACAAAGCAGACCAGAACACCAAUAUGUCUUCCAGUAAUGAAAAGGAUAAAGCUAAACACACUCCUGCCAAGACUAAGUUUAAGAAAGGGUCUCUUGAAUGGCUCAAGCACACAUUCAUGGGUGAUGAGAAGAUUGACGAAGACUACAGUGACGAGGACUACUGCUAGGAGCCCCAAGAUGAAGUAUCAUGUUGUCUGUAAACUAAGGAGAGCAGUGUUGUAGUGUUUGGCAGUUGAGGAAGAGGCAUUUAUGGAGUGUCCAGUUUUAGGCCUAUUUUCUUAUACUUUAUUUAAUUCCUCUUUUUCCUUGAUAAUGAAGUCAUUACGGAUAGAAGAUACUUACUCACAUAUUCUUUACACACUCAAUUUGAAUACUUUCCUUCUCCGACGUAAAAUGCCUCCUAUUUGAAAGUUUUCUUCACAUUUUUUUUCAAUAAGAUGGUAUCCUAGUGUAAAAUAUCUGGUUAUUGGUUUUGGAUUUUUGUUAUAUAUGUAAAGGAAAGAAUUCAACCUGCUAGCUGAGUACCCCAGGUAUUCAUUAUAUGCGAGGGUUACGUUCUGCAAAAAGCUCGCAUAAUGUGAAUUUGCAUAUAUCGAACCUAUCAUCCUAUUAAUUAUAAGGGGUUAUGUUCCACGACCCGUUUUCGAACCUUCUAACUAUCUAUUCUGGCGACGUUUCACAAUAAUAAAGCACUAAAGCAACAGUAAAGCACAUUAGUACAGAUAAACUGUAAAAUAUAAUAUGAAAAUACAUACUGGAAUCUCGAACGUUAAGUUAAAAUGUGCAUGUUUUUUCAACUAUAUCACGUACUGUAUAUUCAUAUGUAUUUUGAAUCUUACUGAAGGGAGAUAAGGACAUGGAUAUUAUACUUGAAGUUAUAUGUACCCCAUUCAGGUUUUGCUUCUCCGAGUCUGACAGCCUAGAGCUACUGACUGCUUCCGGGGAGACACACCCAAAGUCUACGAUUGAAGUAGAUAAUUAGCUACCUGAGGAUAAAGUUAAGGUUCAGAGGGAGGAAAAGGUUAAUUAAAGGCAAGGAAAGUGAGGGAAAACAUUUGCACCCACCGCCCUCUAGCGCGAGUUGACCACCAUACCUCACCAACCAGUCACACCAGCACUGCUACUCGCAUAACAGUGAAUUUUUCUCGCAUAAAACGAAUACUUGGCAUAUUUAGGUUAGUCGCAUAUGAGCGAAUUCACAUAUUUCGAACUCACAUAUACCGAAUACCCGGUGUACUUUUUAGUUUUCAAUAAAUAAGUAUUAAACUUAUCUCUUUUCAUCAAUAAUUAUCAAUAAAAAUCAAACUUGUCAUUUGGAAGGCUUGAGUUUGAAUGGUAAGGACUCCAAUCAAUCAAUCAAUCAAAAGAGGCAUACACCAGGGGGAGGGGGGGGAAUGCCUCCCCCACCUGAUGACUCCAACUCUGACCUCCAUGCAGGACACUUACCUAUCCUGAGUACCUCAUGAUAGGAUCCACUGACUUGCUCCAGCUACAAACUUUGUGGGCGUCCCCUUGGCUGCCUCCACUCAAGGUUGUCUCUUACAAAUAACAACCUGGUGGCAGGGUCAAUUUCUGUUCUGUUACUGUUCAUAGACUACGUAAUUAAUAGGUCUUGAUUCAGUAUCAUGAAGUAAAUGCCAAUUUAACACGUAGUCAUUCCAGUGAUACCCCAUGGUUUUAGUGGGCAAUUAUGACCAGUGAUCAAUUGGUGGUAUAACCUCAUUAUGAGAUACAGAGUUUUUAAAGGUUGCAUUUGCUUCAUGUUAUUCUUUUCUUAAUUUAAUGUCCUUAUUUUCCCUUAUGGGGUUGGGUGGGCAAUGAGCCUUAUGCUGGGGGUGCACAGCAUAGGAGAUGGUGGCAAG